AUGGGCACUAGGGUGCCCCAAAUCCAUGUCGUGAUCGUCCUGGAAGAGCUCAACAUUCCAUAUGACUGGCGCAUUCUGGACUUUACUGGGGUCAAGUCGGAGUCGUAUAUUAAGAUCAACCCCAAUGGUCGUCUGCCAGCUAUUCAAGAUCCGAACGCUGGCAUCACCAUCUGGGAGUCCGGUGCAAUCAUCUUAUACCUCAUCGACGAAUACGAUAAGGACAACAAGCUCUCCUACAAAGGAGCACCAGAAAAAUAUUUGACGCAGCAGCGGGUAUUCUUUCAAGUUUCAGGACAUGGGCCGUACUUCGGCCAAGCGAUAUGGUUCGCACGGUGGCACCCAGAGAAGAUCGACUCAGCCAUCGACCGAUACGUCAAGGAGAUAGACCGCGUGACCGGUGUUCUGGACCUCGCACUUACAGGCAGAGACUGGCUGGUCGGCGACAAAUGUACUUGCGCCGAUCUGUCUUUCAUCAACUGGGCCAGCGCAGGCAAAGGACUGCUAGUCGAGCUAGGCAAGGCGGAUAUUCUGGAAAAAUAUCCCAACUAUGCGCGCUGGAUUGCUGCCAUGGGGAAAAGAGAUGUGGUGAAAAGUGUCCUCGAGCGCGUAGAUGCUGGGUGGGCGGCAAAUAAUCAUCCCCGGUAA